UGCGCUGUUCUAACCCCGGGAGUGGGCAUGAUCGUCUUCUUGACUGAGAGACUGCAGCUAAAAUCCUGAGCAGUGGGGGGCGGUAUGACCGCUGCAUGUGAGCCACAACUGACGAAGGCAGAGUCUCUGACAGACGUAGGGAGCUUCUGGUUGUCUGAGAUGCCGCUGUCUGUGGAGAACAUAGUGGGACUGGUUUCACAGGUGGUCAUCCUGUCCUUUAUCUUCUUCCUCAUCUUCAUCUACGUCUUCUCCAUGCUCAGCUGUUGUUGCAGCAUGUGUUGUGAGACUCCACCUAUGAGCUUGAAUCGGUGCUCCUGGCCAGUUGAGAAUUUAAGGGCCACCUACAUCAUCAACUCUGACGUCACCAUCGCUGAAGCGCAGCAGCAGGAGGAACCGCACAGAGAACCCCCACCCUCCUAUGACGAGUUGGAUUAUAGUUCUGAAACUGCCUCAGAGGACAUGUACCCAGACCGCCCUCCGCCAUACGCUGACCCCAACGCUCCUCAUAACGCUCCUCGUGACGCUUCUUCUGAUGCACCUCAUUCAGCCCCAAAAACAGAAGAGGAGGCUGGGAUGGGUGUGAUGCGUGAGGCAGGACAGGGGAAGGUGCUGGGUAAAACUAACUACAAAGGAAGAAACGUGCCAGAAGAGUCGGGGGAAGCUUCUCUGGCGACCUGGGAAACGUCGCGAGAUGUUGACUCACUGAGAAACGAAGCGCAAAGACAGUCGCAGACAAACCCACGACGAAAAGUAACACAAGUAUAGGAAAAGCAAUUCUGCUUGAUGGACUGACAAUUGGAACCCAGGAGGCUAGGUUGAACCAGUCAGCUAGGUCUGCAGAUCUCCCCUGGAGCAGGGUCGCUUCCCCAACAAAAAAGUGACAUAGUUUAGAGGUGUGCAAUUAAUACGUGACCCAUGGCCCCGUCCAAGCGGAAUGGUGGUCAUGCCCACACAAGUUCUGCGUCAGUCAGGCCUUUCAUCCUCACGGAUUCGAUACUUCAUCGGGGGCUGCAGAGUGACUGCAUUUUCUGUGUCUCCAUCUUCACAGCUGAUCCCCAACUUUCUGAAAAUGAUGGAAUCAUUGUCCCAUCUGCCUCGGCUCUCUCCCAGAAAAUCAUUGCUUCAAACUGUGCUGGCGAACGACAGAGUCGCGCUCAUUCAGAAGCAGCUAAUUGUUAGGCCAGUCAAGGCCCAAGUGUCGCAAGCUAGCGCCACAGCUGAGUCUUCUCCAGAGCGGUGCUGGCGCUUUGAUGAUGGUGUACCUGGUGAACUACUGCUGACUUGGCUCAUGUUUGGGACAAUAAGUCUCUGCUGUCUCUGACUUCUUCCGCUCACAAGCUACUUAUAAAUAACCAGGUCAUGAAGAGCUACCAACCAUGAAAAUGCAAAACGUGUAUUUAUUUAUAAAUACAGUGAGUGUUCUAUAUUGGUGGCUGAGGCACAAUAUGUAAAGCAUCUUCAAACUGCUGGAAUAAAACAAUGUCAAUAUCAAAAGAAAUGUAAUUAAACCAAAGCUACUUUGUGUUUAAUAAUAAAACAAAAGGGGUAUAUGGCUUUACAUUUCUGCAC